AUGGACAGCGGCGUUCAGACGAGCCGUACAAUGCGCUUGUCGUGGAUGUGCGGUUUUAGAAAUUGGCUAGUGUCGCUACUGCUACUACUACUAUCGGUAGGUCACAUUCCAGCGUGGACACUGUCCGCAUCAGCUGCGGACGAGUUGCUCGUACGUGCCACCGCUGCAAUAGUGCAGCAGUACUACACAACAACCACCAGCAAACAGCUAUACCUGCGCUGGGAGAACACCUCAGCCCUGAUCGAUCAGAUACUGAAGCGGACCGCUACCCAUCUAACAGUGCUGAUCGAAUCAAACCUGCAGAGCAGUACGGCCGACCAUUUGUCGCCCUCGCUCGGGCGACACCAACAGUUGCGCGUACUGAACCUAGUGAUAGUAGCCGAUUACGAGGGCUUCAGACGUGUAGCGGACGGGUUUAACGAUGAGCUGUUUGACUUUUCCGGUCUCUACACGGUGCUGAUAGCAGCGCCAGCUGAACAUCGGCUCGAAACAGCGGGCGCCAUACUACGCACCCUCUGGGCACUGUACAUUGUCAAUGCGAUCGUCCUGAUAGGACCACCGUCGGACGAGACAAUCGCCAACGGGGUACGACUCUACACGUACUUCCCGUACGGUGAAGGAUACUGCGAACGCGCCCUGCCGGUCGUGUGGAACGUGUACCAACCGGACGUUGGGUUUGUCCAUCCCGACCGUGUCCUGUUUCCACGCAAGCUGCGCAACUUCUACAACUGCCCACUGGUGGUCGCCACGUUCCCCGUCUUUCCUUUCAUCAUCCCGAACCCAACGGCUGGUGUGGGCAAUGAGUUGGAAGGUAUUGAAGGCACCCUGUUGCGUACGCUGAUGCAGCGAUUAAACUUUCGACUGCAGGUAGCCUUCGUCGAUCCACCCGACUGGGGAACGGCAGGACCACGGGAUCAAGCAACCGGUGCCUCAGCUUACAUUCGUCAUCUACGAGCGAACCUUACCAUCGGUUACUGGGCGACUACUUUGCACCGGAACCGGUAUAUGGCGAACAGCUUCAACUACUACACCUCCCAGCUAGUGCUGGCUAUCGCACCUGGCGAACCCUACACAUCGCUGGAGCUACUCCGCUUCCCAUUCGCUACCCCCAUCUGGUCCCUGCUGUUUGUCUCACUCACCGUCGGUCUAGCUGUGAUCGGAGUACUACGCCACAGAGGUUCCAAAGCUCUGCAGCGUCUAGUGCUCGGCCGAACCCCAGCUAGCGCAUGGCCGGGCAUGUUAAACGUACUGCUGGGCGGUUCCAUAGCUCGUCCACCAACGCGCAACUUUGCCCGUACACUCCUCUUCUGGUGGCUCGCCGGUACCCUUGUGCUGCGCAGCGCCUACACCGGCUCAAUGUUCCGGUUUCUGCAGGCGGGGCGUAACCAUACGGUGCCGGCCGGUAUACCGAGCCUGAUAGCGGCCGGAUACAGGCUGUACAUGUAUCGCAACUACAGCUUCAUCUUCGACGCCUACCCACACAUCCAGCAGCACAUGCACCUGGUGACGGCGCAACAGUUCCGCGAAGUCAUCGUGGACGAGCUGCAGAUAGCUGGUGCACCACUGAGCGUGCUGUUGCCGCUCGAAACCGUCACCUUUCUCAAUCGGAAUCUGACGCGCGAGGGACAGCUACUUCGCAUCAGCCGGGACCGGGUGUACGUCGCCAAGUUGGCCAUCUACACGCAGCGUACGUCCCCGCUGCUCGGACCACUCAACAAGAUGCUCGAGAUAUUCGUCUCGUCCGGAUUGCUCAACCGGUGGGCCGGUCAGUACCAUCAGCUACAGUUUCUAGCCGAUCCUUACCGCUACCGGGGUAGGCAGCAGAUUGCGCUUACCGACAUGGUGGGUGCAUUUAUCAUUCUGCUCAUCGGACUCGGUAUAAGCUCGGUCGUGUUUAUCGCAGAGUUGAUGCUAGAUGCAACAAAGGUGGGAACUCAUGCUACCAACUAAUGGCACUGGUAUCGUGCGUGUGAU